AAGAAGAAUUACUGGGGAUGUAAAAACUCAGAAACAAAUACUGCCGUAAGGUCUCUUUCUUUUAGGUUUUCAUGCAACAUAGGAACUGAUUAAAUAGUUAAGUUUUCAAACGGUUUUUCCAUAGUAAAAUGAGGAAUUGUAUUGCAGGCAGGAGUUUUUGUGAGAAUAGGUUUGUUCCUGCUAGUUUCAGUGAAAAAAUGACUACUGAUAAGUUAGAAAAUAUUAUGAGGAUAAGUGAAGUGCUGCUGCGCUUCAUUGUGAUGAUUAUGGCUCUUGUCUGUGCUGUCACUGUGGGCGUUGCUUCAGAAAAUGAGCUUGUUAUCGGGCUUCGCAUGACUGCAGACUUCCGUCUGAUGAAAUCUCUCCCAUGUCUUGUUAUUAUUGAGGGAAUUCUAUCAGGAUACUCUUUGCUGCAAGGCGUGAGGUGUGUUUGGGUCAGGUACAAGGGGAGUAUUUUGUUGAGCAAGCUAUUGGCCUGGAUGAUAUUUUCUUGUGAUCAGGUCAUGGCCUAUGCUAGCCUUGCUGCUGCUGCAUCAGCUGCAGAAUCAGCUUAUCUUGCAAAGAAUGGGGUAUCUGAGCUUCAGUGGAUCAAAGUUUGUGGGUUUUUUGGGAGGUUUUGCUUGCAGACUGGAGCUGGGAUUGUGAUUGGAUUAAUAGCAGCAGUGUGUAUGGGGGCUUUAUCUGUCAUGUCUGCAUAUCAUCUUUUCAGGUUGUAUGGAAGAAAAGCUAGGAGCUCUUGAAAACCUAAAGUGUGUAGGGUUAUGCCAGUGAAGGAUCAAAAUGGUUGCAGAUUUUUAUGCUAUGAAUUGUUUUGUAAAAUACACAGUCCAAAAAAAUCAGAAAACUGAAAUUGCUUCUAAAUUGUUUUGUACUGUUCAAGAACUGUCAGAAACAUUCCAUCGUAAGAGACAGAAAUGGAUACAAAUGUCAAUGUGAGUGCUGUGUAAUACUGAUUGACAAUAAUUUGCUAUGACAUGUUAUCAAAGCAAACUCUUGGCGUAUUGUAACUUGUAAGUUCAUGGUCAAAAACACGAGUAUAAGCACAAAUUCUAUAUCUGGCAAUUAAAAUUGAGUCAAUUUUAUACAUUAAAAAAUAUGAUUAAUUGUUUUAUUUUUA